ACUUUGUAUAAAAUAUUGUAUGCUUAGGACGCUCACUCUUUAUAGCUCUCUCUUCCUCUCUCCCUCUCAGCACACCUUGGUGUCAUGAGCUACCACCUUCAUUGAUAAAAAACUCUAUUUUAAGAGUGAAAUCAUUGGAUCAAUAAGGCAAUAAGACAUUAGUUCCAAAAUCAAAAGUGUCUCAUCAUGAAUGUCAAUUAAUCUAAAUUACUCUUAUACAAAUGUGGAGAAACUCAUGCAUAGUCUCAUACGGAAAAGAAAGAAAGGAAGCAAAAAACCCUAAUCUCCCGAAUAGCGUUGGAUUGGAGCGUUUUCAGGGCAUCAAUGGAGUGAAGCAGAUCAAGAGGAGGAAGAGACGCAGAAAUGGGGUCUACUGAUAAAGAAUUGGAAGAGCAGCUUCUCGAAGCCGGUAACAAGCUCCUAGAUCCUCCCUCCUCAGCGGAGGAGCUCCUCCCACUCCUAGACCAAGUUGAGAGUUGCCUAUCAAGGGUUGAGCAGUCACCUAUCGACUCCAUGCAAAAUGCACUCUCUCCAUCAUUGAAAGCAUUGAUUGCAGACAAACUUUUAAGGCACUCAGAUGAUGAUGUCAAAGUUGCAGUAGCCUCUUGCAUCAGUGAAAUAACAAGAAUCACUGCACCUGAAGCUCCUUACGAUGAUGAUCAAAUGAAGGAGGUCUUUCAAUUAAUAGUAUCUUCGUUUGAAAAUCUACAUGAUAAGUUAAGCCAAUCAUAUGCAAAGAGGACCUCAAUUCUUGAAACUGUUGCAAAAGUCAGAUCAUGUGUGGUAAUGCUGGACCUUGAAUGUGAUGCCCUGAUUUUGGAGAUGUUUCAGCAUUUCUUUAAAGCUAUAAGUGAACAUCAUCCAGAAAAUGUGUUUUCAUCCAUGGAAACAAUUAUGACCCUUGUUCUAGAAGAAAGUGAAGAUAUAUCCUUAGACCUGCUGUCUCCACUCCUGGCCAGCAUUAAGAAAGACAAUGAGGAAGUUUUUCCGAUAGCCCAGAAAUUGGGGGAGAGAGUCCUUGAUAGUUGUGCAACCAAGCUUAAACCCUACUUGGUUCAAGCAGUGAAAUCCUUGGGUAUCUCUGUGGAUGAUUAUAGUACAGUACUUGCUUCAAUAUGCCAAGAAGAUACAUCUAAUGACUUGGAGAAAAAUGAUAUAUGUGUUACUAGUGAGCAUGUGGAAGACAAGAGUGGGUCAGCAAAACAAUCACCAGAGGAGUCAACACAUGUGGUUAAAAAGGAUUCAAGUGAAGUUACACCCUCUUUACCAGAAAAUACUGAUGUGAACAUAUCUCCAAAGUCAGUCAUGAGGAAUGGUGUUGCAUGUGUUGGAGAAGAUAAUGUUUUAGGUGAUUCCAAGUCCAUUAAAAAACAAGAGGAUGCUGAUUGUUCUAAUCACUCUGAAGGUUUGAAUAUAUCUGGUCAUGAGGUGCAUAAUGAUUUGGACACUGAAAAAUUUGACACUAGUAAACAAAAGCCAGAACAAGCUAUCAAGAGACGACGAAAGAAAUCAAGCUCUUCAACUAAAUCAGCUAAACCUUCCAAGAGUCAUGUUGCUGCUAACGAGAAGGAAACUAAGAAAUUGAUUGACUAUGAAAGCAACAGGAAGAAAGUUCCUAGUUCCUCUCAUGAGGACCAUUCUGUUGAAGAAGCAGGACCUCCAGAGAAUGACAAAGAAGUUGAUGCUAAGAUUUCAUCACCAAAGGCAUGCAAUGAUGAAUCUGAAGUUGUUGCUUCUCCACCAAGUGAUAGCUUCUCUGAUGAAAAUCAUUCAAAGAAACUUGGGCGAACAAAAAAGAAAGAUAGGGAUGCUGAGGGUGUUUCAAAGGUGUCUGGAGCUGCUAGUGAUUCAGAAGCCAAACCUGUCAGGUGGUCAGUGAAAAAGGCACUUGGUCAGAAGUCUGAUGUGAAAAAAACCAAUGUGGUGGAUUCAGUGACAAAAGGAAGUGGGGCAACAAAUGGUGCAGAUGCUAAAAAGCAUUCAGCAAAGAAAUUAGAUGAAAACAAAAAGGGUAGUGGUGGACCCUCUUCAAGGCAGAUGGAGGAGAAGAAAAAGGUUAGGCAGGGCAAAGCUAACUCUGAAACAGAUGUAGCAAAGUCAUCUGCUCUGGAUGUGGACAAGGAAAUGGUUUCUUCCCUGCGGUCUGGUACAAAGUCAACUAAAAAUGAAAAUUCUGAGGAGACUCCCAAGACAAAUGUGAAAAGGAAACACAGUUCAGGAAAAGAAAAUGAGUCUAAUGCGAAGGAAUAUGGUCAAAACCUUGUAGGUUUACGGGUCAAAGUUUGGUGGCCUGAUGAUCGUGAGUUUUACAAAGGUGUUAUUGAUUCUUUUGAUUCUGCCAAAAAGAAGCACAAGGUCUUGUAUGAUGAUGGUGAUGAAGAAACAUUAAAUCUUGUGAAGGAGAAAUGGAAGGUCAUUGAAGCUGAUGACUCAGAUGCAGAUGAGGAAGAACGAAGUGAUCGUGCAAGUCUUGAUGCUUCCACUGAUAUGCCACCAAAGAAGAAAGGGAAAAGAAGUGCUGGUGAGUCAACCAAGCAAGGAAAGAUGGAUGCUUCUUCCAGAAGCAGCGGAGCAGCAACAUCCAAUAGAUCAAAGGGUGCAUCCACGAAGUCUAGCCAGAAGUCCAAAGAUGGCAACAAAUCCAAAGAUUCCAAGACUAUUAGCAAACCUGAGGGUGAAGUUAGUAGAAAAUCCAAGGGUGGUAGUAGUAAAUCUACUGUUGCUGCUAAAAAAUUCAGUAAUAAAUCCAAAAUCACUGAUACUUCAAUUGAAUCAAAGGAUGAUGACACUGGCACGCCAAAACCCCCUGCCAAGUCUAAGCAUGAAACUCCAAAAAGUGGAAAAUCCAAGCAAGAAACCCUGAAGACUGCCCUUUCAAAAGUAAAACAUCUCAAAAGUGGUGGAAAGACUGAUGUUAAUGGUAAGAGCAAGGUGAAAUCUGGUUCAUCGAAGAGAAAAUAUUCUGAGAAUGAGAACUCAGAUGUUUGAGCAGGGGAGGUAGAAGAUGCCAAGGACAAGACUUCGUGUUCAUCAAAGUCACAAGGAAGUGGGUACUUAUUCUCGCUGUUUAUUCCUUACCUGUCUUGUGCUUACAGCAUUUAAUUUUUUCUUCCUUUCGCCAGAGUGAUCAAAUGAAUUUAGGCCGUGUAUCAGGCAGCUGUUCAUCAUUUGUGGUAAUUAUCUCGUUGUUGCUGGCAUUAUUUUCUCCAAUUGUUAGUUAGGCUAGUUUAGUUGUAGUAUGGGCUAAUAUCUCUAGUUACUUUUCAUUGUUUCUAAACUAGAUGAAUGUUAUUUGAAGGCAACGCCUGAAAAUAUUUGGCUGGCAAUCUUCAUUUAACGAAUGCAUUGGCACUCCCUGAUGCUGACAGGUUGACUAAUGACUACUUACUAUCUACCGAAUUAACGUUUUUGGAUUGCUUAGUGCUUUAGAUGUGGUUGUUGUUUUGUUGAGAAAUACGUACAGCACAAUUGAUGUAGUGGAAGCUAUUGAAGUUGGCCAGUUGGGGGGCCACUAAGUGGAAGGCAAUCUUUGUACGGUUUGUUUGGUUUCGAUUUGCAUGUUUGAGCGUUCAAUAUUAGCUAGUACAUAGAUAUCAACGCAAUAUUACUUCCUGAGAAUCUUUAGUGAGUUAA